UAAAAAAUCAUGGUUGAAUGUUGAAGUUUUUUGAGGAUUUAUUUGAAUUUUGAAUUUUUGGUUUUACUGACUCGGUUUGAACUUGUUUCAAUAGAAAUUUAUUUUUAAACGAUUAAUUUAAUUCUUAGAUUAAAAUGACGAAGUUUGUGUAAAAAACUUAGUAACAGUGAUAUGAGAAAAUGCCGCGAAUCGCGAUGUUGUGACAGUUUUUCAGUGAAUGAUAGUUAUUACAUUGUUAUAUUAUAUUUCCUAAAUAAAUUUCAAUGAACUAUGGAGGAGGAUUCUGAAGACUCCAGGAGCAGUGCACCGAUUCCCUCGUCUCCGGGCAGCCCUGACAUACUAGCUGGCUACCCUCACCAGCUCUCUGGCACCGACACUCGGGCAGAUGACUCAGACGGUACAGUGAGCUACAAUGUUGCGACAGAAGACAUUGGCUUUGAUGAUGACUCCAACAACGCAGGCUCCACGUCGCGGGAGAGCCAGUCCAUCUUGAGCUCGUCCCAGGAGUCCAGGAGUUUCCAACCAGUGGUUGACUUUGCGGGCAGCGUACACCACAGCGCGAACUCGUCCCAACUCGGCGCCCCCGGCAGCUCCCAGCGCAGCGCCCACGACCACGAGCACGAACGGUCCCCGGACGAUGAGUCACAACCCUCCAAAAAGAAGAAACUCAAUGACUCCGUACAGGAGGAGGGCGAGACGUGCCCCAUCUGCCUGGAGGCGUGGGGCACGUCGGGCGCGCACCGGCUGGUGGCGCUGCGCUGCGGGCACGUGUUCGGGCAGAGCUGCGUGUCGCGCUGGCUGCGGGCGCGCCGCUGCUGCCCCACGUGCAAGCGCGGGGCUGCGCUGAAGGACUUGCGCCACAUCUACGCGCGCCGGCUGGUGGCGGCCGACACGGCGCAGGUCGCGGCGCUGCAGGCGCAGCUGGACCAGCUGCAAGCAGAGAAAAUGAAAUCCGACAUGGAGUUGGAGAAGUGCCGGAUAGCGCACCGAGCCUGCAUGAUGCAGCUGGAGGACCUCAGGAAGUCCUUGCUGAAGAACCAGGUCAAAGAGCAACCAGCCCGAAGAUCGUGGAGGUUCGCCCUGGAGAGGAACCUGGAACUGAACCGGGACGGAGGCUGCCGGGUGCUGACGUACAACUGCCGGACCAGCGAGCUGUACGUCUCCCAGCGGAGCACCAACCAGCUGUUCCCCGGCUACGGAGUGCGGAAGGUCAACUGCUAUGACUUCAAGUUGGGCCAGUUCUUGUUCCUGCACACCAAGUGCAUACGAGACAUCACCUACUCCAGGCCGAGGGACCUGCUGCUCUCCGUGGGCUUUGACAACUCGGCUCGGAUAGUGGAGCGGGGCAUCCUGAGCCACACCAUCCAGUGCGGGAUGCAACUGUGGAGCUGCUCCUGGGACUAUUUGCGGACUAACGAGUUCUAUGUUGGAGGAGUGGGCGGUGAGAUCCAGCAGUACGACAUCCGGAACCCCAGCACCUGUCUGCAGAAGCUGAAGAAGGGCGGCGACUGCUCGCCCACCAUCUCGCUGGCCUCCACCGAGCACGGGCUGCUCAGCUGCCAGAUCAACUCCAGCUGGCUGUGGCGCCAGGACGCGCGGCAGUGGGCCGCGACCGGCCUGCCGCUCGCCGGGCCCUUCGUGUCCAUGGCGUACGACGGCGACAACCACAAGGUGUUGCUGACGUGCCGGGCCGGAGCCACCGAACGCUCUCGGCUCAGUUUGUUCAAAGUGAAAAGUGUGAACAGUGAAGUGGUGGUGGAGUACGAGAAGACUUUCCCGGGGUCCACCCGGACCAACAUAAUGUGUAGGAGUGCGUUCGUCAAAGCCCCGGGUGCUACCUGGGUAGCGGGGCACUCGGAGAGUGAUGCCACGUUGUACCUGCACGGGCUGGAUGGCUCCAAGACGGUGAGUCUGCCCGCCUCCGAGCCCACCCUGGACGUGUGCGCCGCUCAGGGGGACCCGAGCGGCGCACAGGGGAUGCUACUCGCAGCCGUGUCCGACUCCAGAUUGAGGCUGUACAAAGCUUUUCCGGUCCCUUGAUGUGUUGUGGUAUACAGGCAGUGGCGUGCACAAAGUGUUCAACUAGGGUAUGCACCAGUAGCACCCAUUUAUCGAGGAAGGCUAUAGGAUAUAUAUUAUCCUUGUAUUCCUACAGGAACGAGGACCACGCGGGUGAAACCGCGCGGCGUCAGCUAGUACUUUAAUAAUUAUCGAAAUCAAUAUGCUACAACGUUUUACAACAUUUUAAAUCCAUCUUGCUCUUGCAAUCUAAGCGAGUGCGUACAUGGUUAAUCUCAAAAAUGAGAUUGAUCGCCGUGAACGAAAAAAAAACGGUCAGGAGCAUAGUUAACUAAAAUCACAAAGUCGAACGUACUAGUUAGUUUUGUAAUUUUGAUGAGUUAGCAAUAAACUAAUAGUGAAUACAAUAUGAUGUGACUUAAAAAUCAUUAAUAGCUAGUUGGUAAUUUUCGUGUAUAUCCACUAAAGUUACUCAAAGUUAAUGAAUAGUUCAGCCGGCCUCAAAUGGCAGUGGCUUUCACAAUAAACCUGAGUAAUUUUAGAUUGUAUAGUUAACUAGCUGAUGUCGCGCGGUUUCACCCGCGUGGUUCCCAUUCCCGUAGGAAUACGGGGAUAAUACUAUAUACCUAUAGCCUUCCUCGAUAAAUGGGCUAUCUAACACUGAAAGAAUUUUUCAAGUCAGACCAGUAGUUGUUCGAGCAAACAAACAAUCUCUUCUGUUUUAUAAUAUUAGUAUAUCCCCGGUGCUUACCCUAGGUAGAAAUUUGUGCACGCCACAAGUAUGGUUAGCUAAGCUCCCGGAGACCCUUCACCAUAGAGUGAUAGUUGUGAAUGUCACGUUACUGCUUUAGUUAAUUUGUCAAUUACCUCAUACAAUUAAGAUAUGUGUUUUGUAAUGUGUUUCUUCUCAAUCAUUUUGUAAAUAAUUGAUUCUCAUUUAAUUGUAUUGUUUAUUGGUCAUGUCUCCCGGCUGUUGUUAUAGAAAUAAAUAGAAAUUGCGAAAUAAAAGAAUUUGAUUUUAUUCA